AGGGCUGUACUACAGUACGGGGCAGGUUAUGCUUAAUAUUCCAAUUAAGGAGCCAAAUUUUGAUGUGGUGUAAGAAAGGUAGAAGCAAGAGUAGAACAAGAGUUUGGUGAAGACGAUGCCGUAUAGCGCAAAGUAGGCGAGCAUAGUGACAGGCAUCUAUUAAGCAGCGAAGAGAUACCAGGGACGCGGUUCAGUGCAGAUAUCUUACAUAAACUAACGCGGGUACUAAAGCAUGGGUCCGUUGUUGUAUCUCGGCGGCCUAAUCGUUCUAUUCCUGUUGUGGAUUAAAGUAAAGGGUCUAGAUUAUGUGAUAAUACAUCAACGGUGGAUCUUCGUGUGCCUGUUUCUCCUGCCAUUGUCCGUCGUAUUCGAUGUGUAUUACUAUGUAAGAGCAUGGAUCAUCUUCAAGAUGUGCUCCGCUCCGAAACUGCACGACCAGCGAGUCAAAGACAUACAAAGACAGGUGCGCGAGUGGAGGAAGGAUGGGGCGAAGACCCACAUGUGUACGGGCCGGCCCGGCUGGCUCACGGUGUCUCUGCGCGUGGGGAAGUACAAGAAGACAAACAAGAACAUCAUGAUCAACAUGAUGGACAUCCUGGAAGUGGACACCAAGAGACAGGUGGUGCGUGUUGAACCCUUGGCCAAUAUGGGUCAGGUGACUGCUCUCCUCAAUGCUAUUGGAUGGACGUUGCCAGUUCUGCCAGAGCUGGAUGACCUCACAGUUGGAGGUCUGGUGAUGGGUACGGGAAUCGAGUCCUCCUCUCAUAUCUACGGCCUGUUCCAGCACAUCUGUGUGGCCUUUGAGUUGGUGCUGGCUGAUGGCAGUCUGGUGCGCUGCACUGAGACUGAGAAUGCUGAUUUGUUCUACGCGGUUCCGUGGUCCUGCGGAACCCUGGGGUUCUUGGUUGCCGCGGAGAUCAAGAUCGUCCCGGCGAUGAAGUGGGUGAAGCUGCGCUACGAGCCGGUGCGAGGGCUAGCCGCCAUCUGCCAGAAGUUCGCCAGCGCGUCGGCCGACCGGGACAACCAGUUUGUGGAGGGACUGCAGUACUCGCUGGACGAGGCAGUCAUCAUGACCGGCACCAUGACUGACGAGGCAGAGCCAGACAAGACCAAUCGAAUCGGGCUGUACUAUAAGCCCUGGUUCUUCAAGCACGUGGAGUCUUUCCUGACGGAGGACCGCACCGCAGUGGAGUACAUCCCCCUCCGACACUACUACCACCGGCAUACACGCAGCAUCUUCUGGGAACUGCAGGAUAUCAUUCCGUUUGGGAAUAACCCCCUGUUCCGGGCCGUGUUUGGCUGGAUGGUUCCCCCCAAGAUCUCUCUGCUGAAGCUGACGCAGGGCGAGACCAUCCGGCGCCUGUACGAGCAGCACCACGUGGUGCAGGACAUGCUGGUACCCAUGAAGCACGUGGAGGCGGCCAUCUCACGCUUCCACCAAGACAUACAGGUGUACCCGCUGUGGCUGUGCCCGUUCCUGCUGCCCAGCCGGCCGGGCAUGGUGCACCCCAAGGGGGACGAGGAUGAGCUGUACGUGGACAUCGGGGCCUACGGGGAGCCCAAGACCAAACACUUCCAGGCCCGCGCCUCUACCAGGCAGCUGGAGCAGUUCGUACGAGACGUGCACGGUUUCCAGAUGCUGUAUGCGGACGUCUACAUGGAGAGGCCGGAGUUCUGGGAGAUGUUUGACGGGACGCUGUACCAUAAACUGCGCGAGGAGCUGGACUGCAAGGGAGCGUUUCCCGAAGUCUACGAUAAAAUCUGCAAAUCAGCUCGACACUGAUCUCUUAUCGACCCCGGCGGACACUACAAGGGACCGAGUGACACUUCACACACACCAGCCUUCCUACAUAGUACCUGCACAGUACAUGAGCCUUACUGUGCCUGUACACUAAAAGUGACCAACGUGCCCAGAGCGACCAAAGUCAUUAUUUCUAUUAUGGAGGGUGUCAAUGGAGUGACAACAGCAAAUUUCAGCGAUUAAAAGUGAGCUAAUUUUAUAGCAAUGAGCUUUGACGCAGUUUGGCGAAAAC